CUGUUGCAGAGCAGUAGGGGUGAUCGAGUUGCCGGGAGGAGGAGAAGUUUGUCCGUGUUGGCUUACCAUCCGUCCCCCUGGCAGCUUUGUUUCAUUGACAAAACAGGGAAGAGUUUCCACCGAACUGCAGAUCUGAACACGGUUUGUUGUCGGCGCAUUGCUUAAUUUAUCGCUUUUUCACUGAUGACUGACCUCGAAAACGCACUUUAAUGUGGAUUUAUCCAUUUCGCACAGACUGCCUGCUCAACAAGUACAACUAACUCAGGACUUCGACGUUUUACACGAGUUACCGGGAAAGUGGUCAGCUGGACACUCAGGAUCCUCUUGUCCGGUCUUGACUGAGGCCUACAGGACGAUCAUUUGUUUUGCUGGGGCCAUGAGGAGUCAUGGCGGAGCUGGAGGUGGACCAGAGUAGCUUGCCCAAGGUUCAGGAGGUGUGCCAGUGUUUUGCCGUGCUGGAGGAUGGUGCAUUAGCACAUAACUUACAGGAGCAGGAAAUUGAACAGUACUACAGUUCAAAUGUACAAAGGAGUCAGCUGGUUCAGAAUGACAUCCGUGUAGCCAAGAGGCUGCAAGACGAGGAACAGCAAAGUGCCUAUGUGCUCCAUCACCAGACUACGCAGCAGUUGGAAGAGCAGGAUUCAGAAUAUGCCCGCAGGAUUCAGGAGGAGCUCCAGCGAUGUGCAGAAGAAGCUCGGAGGAGGGAAGCAGAGGAUGAGGAAAUAGCGAAGCGAAUCCAGGAAGAGGAAGAGUUGCUUGUCCGACAGCAGACCAGCUGCCGCAGGACCGAUAUAGGAGAGAACACCACCAUUCCUGCCCUACGAAACGCACUUCGGCCUGCUCGCCCCCUUGUCAGCGAGGAGGAAGAGCAGUGUGACUGGGCUUCACACAGCAGGGCCUACUCCCCAUCUCCCUCCACCUCAGACUAUGAGGAGGAACGCUGUGAACGCAGGAGGCAUGUUUCACAGGACUAUGGUGACGGUUUAAAACAGAGAUGUCGGCCCAUCUAUGAGCCACCUCGCAGAAACCAUUUGGGACAGGAACACAGGAGCUCUGUAAGUCAGAGUAGCCAUCUGGGACAGGAAGACGGGGGCUCUGUAAGUCAGAGCAGCCACUUAGAAGAGGACCGCAGGAGCUCUAUAAGCCAAAGUAGCAGGACUGGCCACUUUCAGGGCGGGUGGGGUGAUGUUGUCCGGCUCAUAAAGAAUGACUUGAGCGUGCAGGGCUACCUGAGCUGCAGUUCCGAUGAUGAACUCUUUGAGCCCGUUUACAGGCUUGAAAGAAUCUUCAGUCAGCGUAAGCAGGCUCCAAAUCAGCAUGGUGGCCGGGAUAAGAGACUGAGCCGCCAUAGUAGCGUGAGAGAGGCUUCCAGCAGAACGUGGCAAGGCGAAUGUGCGAGCAGAACACAAAGCUUAAGGGUCUCAGAAUACAGUGACAGUAGAAGUGUGAGGUCAGAUGGAAGGCGAGUGAGGCACUAUAACAGUAGCUGUAGCGACUCCAGACCAGGGGAUGGCCAGAGACAUGUCCACUUUCAGGAUGAUGCAAGGGGCCGUAACAGGUAUAGCAAAAGUCAAAGAACAUUUGAUGGCAGCCAUGGUGGCACUAGAGAGCGAGAAUUAGGGAGCUACACUGCGAGUUCCUAUCCUGUAAGGGGUUAUAGUCAAGUGUACCCCACCACUGCUAAUGGUGUCCAGUAUCAAACUCAUCCUCAGGGUUUUCAGCAGAGCGCUCAGGUGAGGAACAUCCGCCAUGGCGAUUUUCAGGUAGGCAGGAGAGCAAGUUAUAACUAUGGUGAGCUUCAGCAGGCUAAUGGAGGAAGGCACUUUGAAAGCUCCCCCUCGCAGGAGUUUAGAGUAAGAGAGGAGGAGGAAGAGUGGGAAAGAGACAGCCGUGGGGUUCGAGGUGAGCACAGGCGUAGAGCUCACUCCCUCAGGGAGGAGAGGGUAUGGCAGGCUACGGAAAGCAGACAUUACAAUGGUAACCAUAGGGAAAGACGGGUUUGGCAAGGUGAUGAGGAGGAGAGCUCAAGCUCUGAAGAAGAGGAGGUGGAGAGGGAAAGGAGGGGGGAGGAGAGAAGGGUGCGGAGACUCCCCCAGCGCAGCCUCAGUCUGGCCUGCAGAGAGCGCUCUCCCGGAGCAGGGUCUGUGCUGAGGAGGGAUGGAGCCUCUCUGGACCUGGGGGAACUGGAGCAGGUCCUGUUGGAUGAAGAACUGGCUCGCAGACUUCAAGAUGAGGAGGAGAGAUUUCUCAGAGGCGGUCCUCAGUCAACCUCUCAUAUCCAGAGAUCUUAUCCAGAAGGAGAUUUCAGAGUAGCACAGGUUGCUCAAGAUGAGGAGAUUGCUCGCUUCAUGCAAAAGCAAGAAAUAAAGGUUAAGCAACAGUCUCAAGAGUUGGAGGGGUGCUAUGAAAGACAGGUGCAGAGAGAGAGGCUAGACUCAGAGGGACUUCUCUCUCCUACCGAGGAAUGCUCUCCAGAAUAUCAACCUCCCAGCCCCAUUGCCAUGGCUACGCAGCAGCACCAAUAUAGGAAUAUAGCAGAGGAACUAGAUCCAACCUUUCACAGGAAGGAGAACAUGGCAGGGUCCUGCCAAAUCCAAGACACUCCAGAAGCAGGUUCACUUGAUCUCAUGGGGGAACCUACAUUUGUUCCACCUACCAAGCGGCACAGUGACAAGCCAGUACGAGUUAAGUCCAAAGAAAAAAAGGAACACACUAAAUCAAAGGAAAACUGUAAACAGCAGUGACGUUGACAAGUUCAGUAUCCCCCUGCAGUGGUGUUGGCAUAGUAAUACUGCACACAAACCCAGCACACUUGUACCUACUUAAACAAUAGAUAACAAAGGCAUGUUUCAGGGGUUUUCCAACCCUUUAGUUCCAUUUUCUGUGGUAGAUGUGGGAACAUUUGACCCUCAAGCUAAUAAUGGAGUCAGGAUGCCAAGGAGGUCCCAGUAAUGCAAAGGCGGCACUCCACAGGGGCAUAAGUCUACAUAAACGUCCAACUUCCUUGUCAAUGAUAUUCCCGUGUACUUUUGUCUUAGUCAUUUUCCGUUUCAUUUUUUAUCUGUUCCUCUGAGCAGCUGUCAAUGAUGGGGGGAGGGGCCUGGUGCCACAUUUCUCAAAAGCAAAAAUAAGACCAUCUUUGAUCAACAGAGCUGUAUUUCAGCAAGUCAUGGUUCACUGCUGUUCCCAGAAAAAGAUUUUUCAGUUACUAAGAAGCAUUUAACAGAAUACAUAGGUUGCAGUAAUCUCUCUCCCUGAACCAGUUUUCUUGUUAUUUCCCCCUAUACUUCCUGACCACUUUGUUUAAGCAAUUUUUCCUGUUAUUCUUAUAUUACUUUUGGGCCUCAUGUACAUGAAUCAUGUCUUGCCACAUUGUAUAGUUUGUAAAAAAAAAAAAGAAAAGAAAAAAAAAGAAGCAGCCCAUGUUUCGCUUGUACAAUUAUACUACUCUUUUUGUUUUGCUGCGCUUAUUUAUACUAUAAAACUGAACAAAAGUACAAAGCAAAACUGUAUUACUGUGCUAAAUAGAAUAUGUAUGAAAAGGUUGCCCACUACUUUUGACUAUGAUUUAUGGGGCGUUUUAUUUUGAGGAAUGGUGAACCUCUACAACAGGGCUUGUGUGUAAUAAUGUCAAUAUACGUCACAUGUUUCAAAAAUUGUGAACACUUGACUUAUUUUUGUGUGGUUAAUUGCAACCAAGUUGUAUUUGAUCAAGUUUGACUCUUAAGAAAGAUUUCCCAUUUAAAAAGCAGUUAUUGUCAUAGCAAUACAAGUGGAGAAAAUAAACUUCAUUGCAAUGAAUUUA